AGUUCAAAUUUGAAACCCAUUUUCAAGUUUUUUUCACCUUUUAGAUCUACUCGUCUUACCAAAUCUCCGUCGCAUGAUCGAUUUAUCCUAUUAAAUUCAAAAUUUGGGCUGAUUGGUGCUCUCAAAGCCGAUUUUUUUCAUGGAUUUGUUGUAUGUUUCAUGAUAUUCAAGUCAUGUUUUGUUAGGUUUUCGCGUAAAGAUACUUUGGGUGUUCUAUGAUGGAAUUUACAGAACCUUUUAAGCAGACUGGUCCCUGUUGUUUCUCCCCAAAUGCUCGCUAUCUCGCCGUUGCUGUGGACUACCGGCUUGUGAUUCGAGAUGUUUUAUCUUUCAAGGUUGUACAAUUAUUUUCAUGUAUGGAUAAGAUAAGCUAUAUUGAGUGGGCUCUUGAUUCUGAGUACAUACUAUGUGGACUUUACAAGAAGCCAAUGAUACAGGCAUGGUCAUUAGCACAACCUGAAUGGACAUGCAAAAUAGACGAAGGUCCUGCAGGGAUUGCUUAUGCUAGGUGGAGCCCAGACAGUCGCCAUAUACUCACUACGUCAGAGUUCCAGUUACGCCUAACCGUUUGGUCACUUUUAAAUACAGCAUGUAUACAUGUGCAGUGGCCAAAGCAUGCUUCUAAAGGGGUGUCUUUCACUAAGGAUGGGAGUUUUGCUGCAAUAUGCACCAGACGUGAUUGCAAAGACUAUGUAAACCUGAUAUCUUGUCAAACAUGGGAAAUCAUGGGUGUUUUUGCUGUUGAUACAUUAGAUCUGGCUGAUGUUGAAUGGUCACCAGAUGAUACUGCAAUUGUGAUAUGGGAUUCCCCUCUUGAAUAUAAGGUUCUGAUAUACUCCUUAGAUGGACGGUGUCUAUCGAAAUAUCAAGCAUAUGAAAGUGGAUUGGGUGUAAAAAGUGUUUCUUGGUCCCCUAAUGGCCAGUCUUUAGCUGUUGGUAGUUAUGACCAGAUGUUAAGAGUUCUAAAUCACUUAACCUGGAAAGUAUUUGCAGAAUUUAUGCAUCUAUCUACUGUAAGGGCUCCUUGUUCUGCUGCUGUUUUCAAGGAGGUUGAUGAGCCGUUACAACUAGAUAUGUCUGACUUGUCUUUAACAGAUGAUUUUACACAACAUAAUUCUGAAUAUGGUCCACAAGGACUAAUUGAUGUUAGAUAUGAUGUUAUGGAACUCCCCAUCACCUUACCUUUCCAAAAGCCCCCUGCCGACAAACCAAAUCCUAAGCAAGGAAUUGGAAUCAUGUCAUGGAGCAAAGACAGCCAAUACAUCUGCACUCGCAACGACAGCAUGCCGACGGUUUUAUGGAUAUGGGACAUGAAUCAUCUUGAACUUGCUGCCAUUUUGGUACAGAAAGACCCUAUUCGAACCGCAGCCUGGGACCCAACAUGCACUCGACUAGUUUUGUGCACCGGGACGUCCCACUUGUACAUGUGGACCCCAUCGGGUGCUUACUGCGUGAACGUUCCGCUACCGCAGUUCUCGGUAAUGGAUCUAAAGUGGGAUUUCAAUGGUAGUUGUCUUCUUCUCAAAGAUAAGGAGUUGUUUUGUUGUGCUGCUGUCCCUUUGCUUCCCGACUCUAACAGCGAUUACAGUUCGGAUGAUUGAUGCAAUUUUCUAAGAGGUUAGAGCCAUUUACUAAAUUUUUUUAUGGAUAAUCACUGAUCGAGUAAGAUGCUCUGACCGGGUAAGUAAGCCUUUACGCUCUUAGUGGGUCAGCAACAUUUGUUGGUCAGAAGAUGUUGGUAAACGGCAUUAUCUAUUACCCGGUACACGCUACUUACCCGGCUAUAGGCAGGUGAACAACCCCUUAGUUUUGUAUAUGUAAUAUUAAUGUAAUGCUCCUAUAGAUGUUGACAUCCAACGUCUCUAUUGCCCUCAAGAAUCUUGUGCAUUGUGACAUGUUUGAUGUUACAUUCAUGUUUAAUCAUUUUGAGAUGGUUUUAAUCUUUAAAA